UUCAAGACUAGUAUACCAACUCUAUAUCAAUACAAGACUAGUAUACCAACUCUAUAUCAAUACAAGACUAGUAUACCAACUCUAUAUCAAUACAAGACUAGUAUACCAACUCUAUAUCAAUACAAGACUAGGAUAUCAACUCUAUAUCAAUACAAGACUAGUAUACCAACUCUAUAUCAAUACAAGACUAGUAUACCAACUCUAUAUGAAUACAAGACUAGGAUAUCAACUCUAUAUCAAUACAAGACUAGUAUACCAACUCUAUAUUAA